AAAAAAGUGCAAAUUCUCAUUGAAAAGAAUUCGAAAUGGUUGUAUAGCCGAUAGCAAUUGUCACGCAGCACGGCUAAUGGAAAUGAGCUGCCUGACAUGGCUUUUCUCAUCACAUUUAAAGCAUAAACAACCUUUUUUGUGAUCGAUGCAGCGUUUGCAACAAGUUGGCAGCUCCGGCGAUUGAAAAAGAUGAAACAUAUUAACGGCAGCGCGAAUGGGGUGGAAAACAUAGCGCAAAAGAACGCGACGCUUGUGUUUGUUCGCUGGCAUUUAACAAGAAAAAGUAAAGUAAGCUGCGCCGUGUACAAUUUGAAUUAAUUAAUAGACAAACUAAUAAAUUAAGCAAAAAAGCAAUUAAGUUAGAUAAGAAAAGCUAAGAAAAAUCGUUAAAGUGAAGAGCUGGAAAAACAAAUACAAUGGUCAAAAAGGUCCGGGCGAAUGCGAAGCGCAACAAAAAAAAUAAAGAAAAGGAAAAUACGGAGGAGCAGGGCAGCACCGAUGCUGCCUCCACAUCGAAUACAGUUGCGACUUGCAGCAGCAGAAACAACAGCAACUGCAACAGCAGCAACAAUGCCAGCGAACAGCGCUAUGCAGGUCAAGGGCCAAUGUACACAAUCCUCUCGAAUGCGCAAAAUUCAGAAACAUUUCACAAGCGCUACAUCAAGGAAAUGAAGCAACUGUACUCCAAGCUGGAUCACGAUGCCUUCAUCUACACAUUCAUCCAGAUGUUCAAAACCAUUCUGGAGGCAGAUGACAGCAAUGAGUAUGGAAAUACCGCGCUCGCUUUCUGUGCCAAGUUCGUCACCAGCUUCGAAUCGGAGAAAACACAUCCGCUGUUAGCCGAAACCUUUUCGUGGCUACUAUCGACAAUUUCGAAUAGCCCACACAUACGAUAUCGCAUCUGUUUCUUUGUGAAUCUCAUACUAAAACAUCUCGGUCCAUAUGCUGCGCUCGAUGACUCGCAAUGCGAUCAGAUACUUUACUAUAUGCUGGACAGGCUGAAGGAUAUCUCGCCCAGUGUGCGUAAAGAGGCUGUGCUCGCAAUGCAGCGCCUGCAGGUGCCCGAUCAUCCCAACGAUCAGGUCUUAUGCGCCUAUCAGUAUCACUUGAGCGCGGAUCCCUCGUCCAGUGUGAGGCAGUGCAUCAUUUCGUGCAUGGGUCGCAAUUACUUGACCGUGCCGCACAUACUGCAACGUCUGUGGGACGUGGAUGAGAAGGUGCGUCGUCACACGUACAUCAACAUGUGCAACUAUCCUGUACGCUCCUACAAGGUAUCUCAGCGUCUGACGCUCAUUGAGCGCGGACUGAACGACAGCUCCGAGACUGUGCGCAAGAAUGUGAUUAAAUACAUGCUGAAGGCCUGGAUCGAAUCGUAUCAGCAUAAUUAUGUACAGCUGGUGGCUGCUCUAAAGCUCGACUCCACUGAGGAUGAACUCUUGCGCUUUCGACGAGUCGCUCGCCAGAUGCUUUUCGUGAUCUUUGAGCAACACAAAGACCAUAGUGAUUUGCUUGCCCAGCUGCCCCUCACCGAAGACUGUGAGCUGCACUGUUGUGUGCCACCCGAGUCGCUCACUGUCGAGCUCGUCCUCUACUGGCAGUGCCUCAGUGGCUACUUUCAAAAGAUCCAAGCAGACGAAUUUGAACUAGUGCUCCCAGAGCUAAGCAUCUUCUGUGACUAUGUUAAGAAAUUCUGUCAAUUCCAGAAGUCAGAUAUGGACAAAUUUGCUCAGAUCGAGUUUCAGAGCAUGCUCCUCUCUUUAGUGGAAAUGCUGGAGACUUACGAUCUGGGGGAUGAAAUUGGACGUGACAAUCUAAAGGAGCUAAUAUCGCAUCUGCUGAGAGAAUGCCUGCUGGAUCCCAAAAUCGUGGCCGUGCUCGUUCGCUGCAUGGAGCAGCUGGUGAGCGAUGUGACCGCCCGUAUGCAAUAUUUUCUAACUAUUAUCUAUGACAUAUGCGAGCUGCAUACGAAGCAAAACGAUUUGGUGCACGAUCGUGAGUUGACGGAUAUGUUGCUUGAGAAUGUGGAAACAUCGUUGGUCAUGAAGAUCAGGUCGCUGAAAGUGAGAAUUCUUGAUCUGGAAGAGAUGGAGGAGAACUUUGUCAGGCAAAAGGAAUAUAUGCGUGCACAGGCUGUUACCAAUGAACGGAUGAUUGUGACGGAUGAAUAUAGAGAUCUGAUACAGCCGCUGCUCGAGAAACAUGGCGAGCUGCAGUUGCCCACACGACCUAAGCUGUCGAAACAGGAGCGAGUCCUCAAGGGAUUAUACAUAUCCUUUUACAUGGUCGCCUCUGAGCAUGUGCACAGCUUGAAUCCCAGCUUAUGCAAGCUAUACAAGGACUUCAUUUGCCGCUAUUUGCCUUCGACGGAGCAGGAUAUCUUCGAGUGGUCCAUGAAGUGCGGCACCACGUUCAGCAUUCUGUACGAGGCGUACACCAAGGAAGUGUUCGACGUGCUGGUCGAUGAGUUCUACAAGAACAACAAUUUGCGCCUUUGCGAAAUAUCCGCACAGUGCGUUUGCGAACAAAUGGAUCACUACGGUAUCGACUUCUUUAUGGACAUGAGUCAAUCCGUUGCGGUCCCCAAAUCGAAUCGGCGCAUGUUGUUCACCAUGCAGGACUUCGAGGGCGAAGAGGAUAGAAAUCAAUCGCAAAGCAGCGAUCAAAAUGCGGACAUCAUUAGCAUGAUGGGCUUCUUUGUCGAGAAGGUUGUGGACAAGAACAUCCUGCUGGCUAUUGUGCGUGGCCUUUGUCGCCUAGUUCUGCGUGGCCAUCUAGACAAUCGCCCUGAAGUGCUGGAGAAGCUGCUCAAGCGCUACUUCAAUCCAAGCACGGAGCCCAUAAUUAACCAGGUGCUUAGUAUGUUCUUUGAGAAUAUUGUGGAGCAAAAGCUGCAGCACUUACUGGAGCCAUGCCUGCUGCCCAUUGUGUGGUCUGUGAUGAACUGCAGCUACGAUUCUGUGCUGAACGAUGUGCUGCCCGAUCAUGUAACCAAGUUCUUCAUCGACCUAACAACGCAAGUGUCGAGCACGCCUCAGAGCAAUAUACACAACCGCAUUGCACUCAGUUUUCUGAACUACAUACACAACUUCUACACGGAGCGCAAGGAGAUGUGUCGCCUGCUGACCAAAGAGCUGACCGCGCUCAAGCUGAAUGUGCUCAACAAUUCCCAGCUGAAGGACGAAAUGCAUGAGCUGGCCGACAAGCUUGCCGCCUGUGAACUGGAGCCGCGGAUGAUUAAAAACAUUGAAGAUUUUAAGAAGAUGCUAAACGGCAGCUUCAUGCCUCCUGCUCGCAAGCCCGAUGGCAAUGACAGCGAUGCGGAUGCCGAGGAGUGUGAGAGUAUCACAGCAACAAUUGCAUCCACAUCGGAGGGUCCUGCGCAGCUGCCUGCAGCGCAAGCUGUUGCCGAGAGCGAAAUCACUGCACCUGUAGACGCUACUACAGCAGGGACAGCAGCAGCCACGGAAUCAGCAGCAACAGAAGCGGCACCUGUCCCGCCAGCGACUUCGGAACCUGUGCUAACUACUUUUGGUGCCAAGAACCAGGUUGGCUUGAGGUUCUUGCGACGUUCGCUUUACACCUCGGAUAGCGAAAGCAUAGGCGAGUCCCAAACGCCAGCAGCGUCAGAAGCGGAGGCAUUGGAGAAGCAGCAACAGGAAGUAAAAGAAAUCAGUCGACGCUAUCUGCGUAGGGAUAAAACCAAACAGCGGCUAGAACGGGCAAUAGCGCGUGCCUCAAAAACGCCCGAAAAAGAGACCGAAUCAACUAAAGUUGUAGCACCUGAUGCGGAUGAAGAGAAUAUAUUUGUGGAUGUGGAAUCUCAAGGCGAAGACGAAAUCGUUGAAGUGGUUAGUCCUGUUCGAGACCAGUCGGGCAAUGAAUCGGAGGAAAUAAUUGUGGAUUCGCCUACAGAAACAUUGCCAGAAGUGAGCACAGCGGUAAAUGCGAGUCACCUGCGUCUGCGCUCGAUGCGCAAUCGAAACGCGAAUGGCAGCGUGCGCAAAUCGCCAACGGGCAGCAAACUUAAAGUGCUUCACCUCGAUAUACAAACGCCGUUGCGCAAUGGACGCAAACGUGUACUACGCAAGUCGGUGAGUGCAACGACAUCUUCACCGUCCUCCUGCGAUUCGCCAAAGUCCUCGGAACGCAUCUCGCAUCUGCGCAAACAGCAACGACUUGAUGCGAAACCAGUGACCAGAAGACGCAGCAGCGUGACAAUGGCUGCUCCAGCGGAAAAGGCGACAUCAGCAUCAAAGAGCACAGCCAGUCCCACGGACAGCAGCUGUUCCUCUAUCAAGGAGAACACGGCACCUGCAACAGCUGUACCUGUACCAGUAUCAGUAUCUGUACCUCCACCAGCAACAGCCCCAACAGCAGCCUCAAAGUCUAAUCACAAGUCGCCGCAGGCUAGCAGAAGACGGUCCGCAUCCCAUCUGAACAGCAGCACGCCCGUCUCCAGGAUAUUAACGCGUCAUUCGGCGCGCAAACUGCGUAUGAAUACCAUGUGCAUGACCCGCAAACGUGUGUCCCAAGAGCUGAGCAUGACCGAAGAUCAACUCAAGGUAUCCACACCGAAGCGCGUACGCCAGGACAAAGCAGCACACAAAAAACGCAACGCCACCGAACGAAGCCCAGUACACACAAACAGUUCAAAGCGCUCCACGCUGCGAACCCGAUUGAGUGGAGCAGAAGCCCCCAUAGCAAGCCGCACCCGUCACAAAUAGUCUCCAUUCCUCUGACCCCCACCCCUUCGUUUUGUGUA